GUUGUUGCCCUAAUUUGCGAAGCCUCCACCUCCUUGAGAGUCCGAACCUCCCAAAACCCUUCGCUCUUCGGAGUUUCUUAAACCCUAGCCAAAGCCCAUCGCCCAUAAAAAAAACUUCUCCAUUUCCUUCGCAAAUUCUCGUCGACCACUUCUGUUACAAGGAAGAUGAUGAGUGCUAUUCUUCUACGGAGAUCUUCUGCUUUAGCGGCUUCCGGAGGUAGAAUCAAUUCCACUUUGUUUGCUCCAAUCGCGAACUUCUUAUCGUCUCCUGUGGUUGUUAAUGGCGGCGUUGUACCUGCUGCUGAUUUUGAGCAUUUCUCCACUAUUGGGGUGACGGAGAAGCCUUUGGGUUUUGGUUUUCAAUCGAAGGGAUUUCAUGCGGCUUCUGGGCCGUUGAAUUUCAAGGCCUCGUUGGUUUCUAAAGCGGAGUUUGCGGUCGAGGAUUAUGAUUGCGCUAGCGGUAGUAGAAGUGGUGAUGAAGGACUCGAGAUUGGAAAGCUUGGGAUUGCGCCAGAAAUUGUCUCUGCUUUGGCGAAAAAGGGUAUAACGAAGCUCUUUCCGAUUCAGAGGGCCGUGCUUGAACCAGCAAUCCAAGGGCGUGAUAUGAUUGGUCGUGCUAGAACUGGAACAGGAAAAACUCUUGCUUUUGGAAUUCCUAUCUUGGACAAAAUCAUUCAGUUCAAUGCGAAGAAUGGAAGAGGGAGGAACCCGUUAGCCCUGGUUCUAGCUCCAACAAGGGAACUUGCUCGGCAGGUUGAAAAGGAAUUUCAAGAGGCUGCUCCUAGCCUGGACACGAUCUGUGUUUAUGGUGGUGCACCGAUUUCCCAACAAAUGAGGCAGCUUGACUAUGGUGUUGAUAUCGCUGUGGGCACACCCGGUCGUCUGAUUGAUCUUCUCAAUAGGGGUUCUCUAAAUUUAUCAGAAGUCCAGUUUAUUGUUCUUGAUGAAGCAGACCAGAUGCUUCAAGUAGGCUUUCAAGAGGAUGUAGAGAAGAUCUUGGAGAGGUUGCCUCAGAAACGUCAGAGUAUGAUGUUCUCUGCAACAAUGCCGUCUUGGAUCUUAAAACUAUCCCGAAAUUACCUAACCAAUCCAUUAACCAUUGAUCUUGUUGGAGAUUCUGAUCAGAAAUUGGCAGAUGGAAUUAGCUUAUUUUCAAUUGUUUCAGAAACAUAUGGAAAAGCAUCAAUAAUUGGACCUCUGAUAACAGAACAUGGGAAAGGAGGGAAGUGUAUUGUUUUCACUCAAACUAAACGUGAUGCUGAUAGAUUAGCCUAUGCAAUGGGAAGGAACCUUAGAUGUGAAGCUUUACAUGGAGAUAUUUCACAGAGUCAGAGGGAAAGAACUCUUUCUGGUUUUAGAGAUGGACGUUUCAACGUUCUAGUUGCAACGGAUGUUGCAGCGAGGGGUCUUGAUAUACCUAAUGUUGAUCUCGUAAUACAUUUUGAGCUACCAAACAACACAGAAAUAUUUGUCCAUAGAUCAGGCCGUACAGGUCGUGCUGGUAAGAAAGGUAGUGUUAUUCUUAUUUACUCACAGGAUCAGACAAGGGCUAUAAGAAUGAUUGAGCGUGAAGUGGGAUGCAGAUUCAAUGAGCUUCCAAGGAUUACUGUUGAAGCUGGUGCACAUGUGGAUAUGUUCAGUGGAGGUUCCUUUGGAGGGCUUAGAGAUCGUCAAAUGAAUAAUUCAGGUCGUUUUGGCAACCGGGGAGGAUCUUUCGGUCGUUCAGGAGGUUAUGAAAGUUCCAGUUUUGGUCGUUCAAUGGGUAGAAAUAGUGGACCUAGCUCUGGGAGCUUUGGUUCAUUUGGUAGUCGCAACUCAAACAAUUCUGGAGGUUUUGGUGGUCCUGAUUUUGGACGUUCUCCUGGUCGGUUCGGUGAUUUUGGUAGUUCAAAUCGAUCAGGUGGUUUUGGGAAUUUCGGUUCAAGUGGUUCUGGACGUGGCGGAUUUGGUGAUUUUGGCAGUUCUAAUCGAUCAGGUGGUUUUGGGGAUUUUGGUGACAGUUUGGAUGCCAAACAAGGCACUGGAAGAAGGCAAUUUUAAGCUAAAAUGAUCUACUUUUGUGCAGGGAACAGAACCACGGGGAAAUAAUUGCCCUGGAUUCAGACAAAUUUUUUUACCCCUUAAGCAAGAUCAGGGAUUUUGAGAGGUAGGGCCAUGAACAUGCGCAACAAAUGCCACAUUUCUUAUAUUUUCUAUUAAGCUUUUUAAAAAUGUUUUUUCUAGUUUCAUACCAAUGUCUUAUUUCACUUCGAUGGAAAAUUAACCUCUGAUAUGUUAGGGAUCAUCUUAGUCUUUGUUAUAUGGUCUCAUGUAUAAAUCGUUUUAGAUAUAUCUAUCAUAGUGUUAUAUUUUCUAUUAUUUUUUAUGCACCUGAAGAUUCUGAUAUGUAUUAUUAUUUUAAUAUUGGGGUAGUAAAGUAAGGUUUGUAAAAGACAUCAAUAAAAUGAAUGGACUUUUGAUGAAUGGGUAAAAUUUCUUAGCCGAA